AUGGUAGACAUACCAUCCGACGUCAGUUCGGCGGGAUCCACUCCCGGCAAGCAUCCACCUCGAGUUCAAGUGAAUCCUACCCAUGACCUUACCUCGGAAAAGCCCAUGCAACAUAAUGGCAACGUGCUCAGGGAUCGGAGGAUCUCUAGAGCCGAGAAGGAUGACGAUGAAGAAGACGAGGAUCUCGACGCGCUCAUAGAAGAGUUGGAGUCCUUGGACCCUGACGCCGAGAUGGAGGCCGAGAUGGAAACCGUGGGAGGCGCGAGGAACGUGCCUGAGGAGAUGCUACAGACCGACCCGCGGGUGGGCCUCAUAGAACCAGAGGUGGUGGCCAGACGCAGGAAGUACGGACUGAAUCAGAUGAAAGAGGAAAAGGAGAACCUCCUCCUGAAGUUCCUGGGCUACUUUGUCGGUCCGAUUCAAUUCGUCAUGGAGGCAGCUGCCAUACUCGCCGCCGGUCUAGAAGACUGGGUCGACUUUGGUGUCAUUUGUGCUCUUCUGCUGCUCAACGCUAGUGUCGGGUUCGUUCAGGAGUUUCAAGCCGGGUCGAUUGUGGAGGAGUUGAAGAAGACUCUGGCUCUCAAGGCUGUUGUCCUCCGAGAAGGUCGCUUGGUUGAAAUCGAGGCCCCAAUGGUAGUCCCGGGGGACAUCCUGCAACUCGAAGAAGGUACAAUCAUUCCCGCCGACGGCCGCAUCGUUACAGAAGACGCCUACCUCCAAGUCGAUCAAUCUUCAAUCACCGGCGAAUCUCUUGCCGUCGACAAGACCUUAGGAGACACUUGCUAUGCUUCAUCCGCGGUCAAACGAGGGUCUUGCUUCAUGAUUGUUACUGCUACCGGAGACAAUACUUUCGUUGGACGUGCGGCUGCCUUGGUCAACGAGGCGUCGGGCGGCUCUGGACAUUUCACCGAAGUCCUCAAUGGCAUUGGAACUGUUCUCCUCGCUUUGGUUGUUUUCACCCUUCUAGUGGUCUGGAUCUCCUCUUUCUAUCGGUCCAAUAGUAUAGUCACUAUUCUUCGAUUUACUCUGGCCAUCACCAUCAUUGGCGUUCCCGUCGGUCUUCCGGCCGUCGUCACCACCACCAUGGCUGUUGGUGCAGCUUACCUUGCGAAGAAGAAGGCCAUUGUCCAGAAACUUUCGGCCAUUGAGUCUCUCGCGGGUGUGGAGAUCCUCUGCACCGACAAGACGGGCACAUUGACGAAGAACAAACUCUCCCUACACGAACCAUACACCGUCCAAGGCGUGGACCCCGAGGACCUGAUGCUUACUGCGUGUCUCGCUGCCUCCAGGAAGAAAAAGGGCAUGGACGCCAUUGACAAGGCCUUUCUCAAAGCGCUUCGGUACUAUCCUCGCGCGAAACAGGCCUUAUCCAAAUAUAGGGUGAUUCAAUUCUUCCCUUUCGACCCGGUGUCGAAGAAAGUCAGUGCCGUCGUCGAGUCCCCUCAGGGUGAACGCAUAAUCUGCGUCAAAGGUGCUCCAUUAUUCGUCCUUCGCACUGUCGAGGAAGACAACGAGAUUCCGGAAGAGAUAGAAAUUGCAUACAAGAAUAAGGUUGCAGAGUUCGCGACUAGAGGUUUUCGUUCUCUCGGCGUUGCGCGGAAGCGAGGGGACAGCUCGUGGGAGUUGUUGGGGAUCAUGCCGUGUGCCGAUCCACCUCGGUAUGAUACUGCGAAGACCAUCAACGAGGCAAAGUCGCUAGGUCUUUCGAUCAAAAUGUUGACGGGUGACGCUGUUGGCAUUGCGCGAGAAACCUCACGACAACUUGGGUUGGGCACCAAUGUUUUCAAUGCCGAACGACUAGGACUUGCUGGAGGCGGGACGAUGCCAGGUUCAGAAGUGUACGAUUUCGUGGAAGCCGCGGAUGGCUUCGCCGAGGUCUUCCCACAGCACAAAUACAACGUGGUGGAGAUCUUGCAGCAGCGAGGGUACCUUGUAGCCAUGACUGGCGAUGGUGUCAAUGAUGCUCCGUCCUUGAAAAAGGCCGACACCGGCAUUGCGGUUGAAGGGGCGUCAGACGCGGCUCGAUCGGCGGCUGACAUAGUCUUCCUUGCGCCUGGACUUUCGGCGAUCAUCGACGCGCUGAAGACCUCUCGACAGAUCUUUCAUCGCAUGUACGCCUACGUCGUCUACCGCAUUGCACUAUCGUUGCACCUGGAAAUCUUCCUCGGCCUGUGGAUCGCCAUCCUGAAUCGGUCGCUGAACCUAAAGCUAGUUGUCUUCAUCGCCAUCUUUGCCGACAUUGCCACAUUGGCGAUUGCAUACGACAAUGCGCCUUACUCGAAAACGCCUGUCAAGUGGAACCUCCCCAAACUAUGGGGCAUGUCCAUUUUACUGGGGAUAGUCCUGGCUGCAGGCACCUGGAUUGCGCUCACUACAAUGAUCGUGGGCGGGGAGAAUGGAGGCAUCGUACAAAACUUCGGCCAUAUCGAUGCUGUGCUGUUUCUCCAGAUUUCGUUGUCCGAAAAUUGGCUGAUCUUUAUCACCCGGGCCAACGGGCCUUUCUGGUCCAGCAUUCCUUCCUGGCAACUCACAGGUGCGAUUCUGCUUGUGGACCUUCUGGCCACCUUUUUCUGUCUCUUCGGGUGGUUUGUUGGCGGCCACAAGACGAGCAUCGUGGCCGUGGUCAGGAUAUGGCUGUAUUCAUUUGGCGUCUUCUGCGUAAUGGCUGGAGUCUAUUACCUGCUGCAGGAUAGCGUGACCUUCGACGACAUCGUGCAUGGCCGAAGAUCCAGAAGCAAUAAGGUGUUGAAGAAGAGGGACAUGGAGGAUUUUCGUAAGUUGUUGUCCGCUGCAUUGUGUUUGGCAUCUCACUGA